UGUUCUGUACUGCGUGAUGAAUUGGAUUGCUACAGUCUGGAGGAAAGCAAAAUAAUAAUUUCAUUUCUGUGGCGAUUUGCGUAGCUUGUGGUACAAUGCCAGAAAGACUAACGGAAAUGCUUAUGGAUACAUGGACUCCAUUAAUAAUAUUAUGGAUUACUGUCCUUCCUUCCAUUUAUAUGGCUCCAAUGAAUCAAUCUCAAGUACUACCAAGUGGAUCCAGUACAGGACUAAAAAGGCUGAAUGAAGAACAAAGAGUUUUGCACCGUUCCAAGAGAGGCUGGGUUUGGAAUCAAAUGUUUGUAUUGGAAGAAUUUUCUGGACCUGAACCAAUCCUGGUUGGCCGGCUGCACACAGACCUGGACCCUGGCAGCAGCAAAAUCAAGUAUAUUCUGUCGGGAGAUGGAGCUGGGACCAUCUUUGUCAUCAACGACAAGACUGGAGACAUCCACGCCAUGAAGAGGCUGGACAGGGAGGAGAAGGCUGAGUACACUCUCACAGCCCAGGCAGUGGACAGGGACACAAACCAGCCCCUGGAGCCCCCCUCAGAAUUCAUCAUUAAGGUUCAGGACAUCAAUGACAACGCCCCUGAGUUUGUGGAGGGCCCCUACCACGCCACGGUGCCAGAAAUGUCUCUUGUGGGCACCUUUGUUACUAAAGUAACAGCCACAGAUGCAGAUGAUCCAGUGUAUGGAAAUAGUGCCAAGCUGGUUUAUAGCAUUCUGGAAGGACAGCCUUACUUUUCCAUUGAGCCCCAUACAGCUAUAAUUAAAACAGCUCUUCCCAACAUGGACAGAGAAGCCAAAGAAGAAUAUUUUGUGGUCAUCCAAGCAAAGGACAUGGGUGGACAUAUGGGUGGACUCUCUGGAACUACAACAGUGACAAUUACACUCAGUGAUGUGAAUGACAAUCCUCCAAAGUUUGCACAGAGUCUGUAUCACUUCUCAGUAAUGGAGGAUGUUGCUCUUGGUGAACCAAUAGGAAGGGUGAAAGCAAACGACCUGGAUAUUGGAGAAAAUGCUAAAUCAUCCUAUGAUAUUAUUGAAGGAGAUGGAAUGGAUAUAUUUGAGAUUACUACAGAUGCCCAAACUCAGGACGGCAUUAUUAGAGUGAGAAAGCCACUGGACUUUGAGACCAAAAAGUCCUACACUCUGAAGGUGGAGGCAGCCAACAUUCACAUCGACCCUCGCUUCCUCAGCGGGGGCCCCUUCAAGGACACGGCGACCGUGAAGAUCGUGGUGGAGGAUGCUGACGAGCCCCCAGUCUUCUCCUCCCCCACUUACCUCCUGGAAGUGCAUGAAAAUGCUGCUCUCAACUCUGUGCUGGGCCAGGUGACAGCCCAUGACCCCGAUGUCUCUUCCAGCCCUAUAAGGUUUUCCAUUGAUCGCCACACUGACCUUGAGAGACAGUUCAACAUCAAUGCAGAGGAUGGGAAAAUAACUCUGGCAACACCCCUGGACAGAGAAACCAGCACAUGGCACAACAUCACUAUUGUAGCCACUGAAACCAGGAACCACAGCCAGGUGUCCCGGGUGCCUGUUGCUAUCAAAGUUCUCGAUGUGAACGACAACGCCCCCGAGUUUGCAUCGGAGCACGAGGCCUUUCUGUGCGAGAAUGGGAAGCCUGGACAAGUAAUUCAGAUUGUCAGUGCUGUUGACAAGGACGAUCCUAAAAGUGGGCAUUAUUUCCUGUACAGCCUUCUUCCUGAAAUGGUCAACAACCCAAAUUUCACCAUCAAGAAAAAUGAAGACAACACCCUGAGCAUCCUGGCCAAGCACGGCGGGUUCAGCCGGCAGAAGCAGGAGGUGUACCUGCUGCCCAUCGUGGUCAGCGACAGCGGCACGCCGCCCAUGAGCAGCACGGGCACGCUGACCAUCCGCGUCUGCGGCUGCAGCAGCGACGGCACCGUGCAGUCCUGCAACGCCGAGGCCUACGUGCUGCCCAUCGGCCUCAGCAUGGGCGCCCUCAUCGCCAUCCUGGCCUGCAUCGUCCUGCUGCUCGUCAUCGUGGUGCUGUUUGUGACACUGAGAAGGCACAAGAAUGAGCCUCUGAUCAUCAAAGACGAUGAAGAUGUGAGGGAAAACAUCAUUCGCUAUGACGACGAAGGAGGUGGAGAGGAAGAUACAGAAGCGUUUGACAUUGCAACUUUGCAAAAUCCAGAUGGAAUUAAUGGAUUUUUGCCUCGUAAGGAUAUUAAGCCUGAUCUGCAAUUUAUGCCCAGGCAGGGUCUGGCACCUGUUCCUAAUGGUGUUGAUGUUGACGAAUUUAUUAAUGUAAGGCUUCAUGAAGCUGAUAAUGAUCCCACAGCUCCGCCAUAUGACUCUAUCCAGAUUUAUGGCUAUGAAGGAAAGGGGUCAGCGGCUGGUUCCCUCAGCUCAUUGGAGUCCUCCACAUCAGACUCAGACCAGAAUUUUGACUACCUCAGUGAAUGGGGUCCUCGCUUUAAAAGACUCGGAGAACUUUACUCAGUCGGAGAAAGUGAUAAAGAAACUUGACAGUGGAUUACAAACUUUUUCCCUGUUGACUUAAUGAUCAUGUAAUAUUCUAGGGCCACUGCUGUUAGUUAAAACUAAUGUGGCUUUUUGUUUUAGAGGCAAGUUUAGCGCCAGUCAUCUAUAAAAUCAACUACAUUGUAAUGUUGAACCAAAAAAAAAAAGUAUAUGUUAGGAGGUUAAGUCUUGUGGAGUGUGAAGUAAAGUAUGUGGAGUGUCUAGAAGUCUUUGGAUAUUUGAUAUUCACUUGACCACUCUGAAGAUGGAGAUUUGGAUCUUUGAUUAUCUUCAGUGAAUUGAAAAGAACAAAAAAGAAAUUGGUGCUCUCUUAGGAAAUGGACUUGCAGGGAUUUGCUGUUGAACAGUAGCUCCCGCCCAGUAUGUGUAAAGCUAAAGGUUUGUUUCUGCAUUGCCAACAAAGAUCCUGCCACAGAAAAGUUCAAAGCAAUAUCUUGGUCUUCUUAGCAAUGCUGAGCAGAAAUAGCAUUGCCAAUUCCUACUGGCUCCUACUGUGCAGUGACCAUCCAUUGUACAUACAGUAAUUGUUGGCCACGCCACCACAGACUGAAUAUCAUCUUUAAAUAUUGUGUCAAGCCUUAAAAUAUUCACAUGUUCUUAAUCCAUUCCAGUGAUGGGUAAUACAUACUACUAAUGUGUAGAGAUUCAGAGGCAGGGCUGCAAAACCUUGCUUCACAAAAGGAUCUUUUUUUCUAGAAGAAGGAUCAACCCUGUGCUUCGUCUUCUGAAAGAAAAAGCUGUGAAAUGGGAUGGACUUACAUAAAUGAAAGAAUUGCUGAUUUUAUUGCUAAAGAUCGAAU